AUGGAUGACAAAAUUUUAGAACAGUGGUGCACAUCUCUGCACCUGGAUUUACACCGAGGAUUGCUUGUUAAAGGAGUGCCACGUGGCCUAACAAAUAAGGACAUUGAACAUGUCUUACAUAAUGCGAUAGGUAUUUUGGGAAGAUGUCAAGUACUGACCAAACGAUAUGAAAAGACAGACCCUACCAUGUCUGUUUUCUGUAAAUUGUCUGAACCCAUAGACUAUUCUAAAAUCCCUAAUGAAAUUACAGUAGGAGAGAAUACCUGGAAACUGGUCAUUAGACCCUCCACUGAGGAAGAAGAGAUAGAAAGAAAGCUCAAGACCAUCCUGCAAAGGGAAGCACUGUGUGAAGACGAUGAGAGACAUGCAUAUGGAGGGGAGUCCAGACCUGGAGAGCAUGAGCAAGAUGAGUCCGAGCCAGAGUGAGAAUCUCAAUGUGACAAAUUAAGAAGCUUCUCCGGGGAAAAUCCAUGUCCUCCUGGAGAGGAACCCUAUGAUUCUUGGAUAAAACAUGCCUCUGAAAUAUUAAAGCGAUGGAAAAUGAAUGACACGGAAAAACAGAAAAGACUGAUGGAAAGUCUCAAGGGACGAGCAUUUGAUCUUAUACGUAUUUUGAAAUUACAAACCCCGGAUGCUACUGUGUUAGAAUGUUUGCAAAAACUAGAUAAACAAUAUGGUGGCACGGAAACUCCACAGCAGGCUUAUGUCCAGUUUCUUACCACCUUUCAGCGUGAGGGAGAGAAACCCUCCGAGUUUGUCCUGAGAGUGGACAAACUGCUGCAGAAUUUAGUGGUCAAGGGAGCGGUGAGGCCCAACGAAGUGGAUGCUGUUAGACUGGCCCAAGUAAGUUCUGGACUGUUGGAUAAUGAAGAUCUACAAGUACAAAUAAUUAAAUUGGAAAAAGAGAAAUGGCGGGUUAAAUGUGAAGAGCUAAUGGCUAUAGUGAAAUUGUAUGAGAACAGACUCGACUGUGGAGACAGAAGUCUGGAACACAGAAGGAUGCUUUCCGAAGCAUCUUCUCAGAUGUCGCCUAUGGAAAUGAGAAUGGAACCAAACCACGGUCACCUAGGCACCACGGCCAAAACUCCUAGGAUUCCCGUUAAAAAUUGGAAUACUGGUCAGUACCACUUGUCCCAGAAAAAAGACAAAGGAUUGUGGGGGCAGAGGUCAGAUAGGCCUGAAGCUAGAACAUGGCCAGUAGAGCAAAGACAGAGGGGCCCUGGGAUAUUCUGCUGUAACUGUGGCCUAGAUGGACAUACGAAUACAGGAUGCACCCAAAGAGCAAAUAUGCAAUUGGUUAAACAGAAGCUGAUGUCCACCAGACUGCCUUCAACACAUAAAGAUGAUGGAUCUGGAGAUAGAAGUGGUCCUAGAUCCCGAAGACCUUAA